AAAAAGAAGCAAGGAAGGAAGGAGAAGGAAAAAUACAAACAACGUGUCGCUUGUGUAGUGAAAUAGUUACAAAUUCAUUUGAAAGUCAUUGCAGAAUAUGUCCACACUCCAAAUACUGAGGCUGGUGGUCCAGCAGCGUCUGACUGCGGCUGCUGAAGAGAUCUUCGGAGUGUUUGAAAAAGCCAUAGAGGAGUAUGAAGAAGAGAUAGAUCGCCAACGCAGGCUGGUGGCAGAUGUUUUGAAGAAUGAGAGCAACAGACCAGACCCUCAACAACUAUUUGGCUAUAAAGAGCAGGUUCCCUCUGAGCAACAGGAGUGGAGCCCCAUUCUGGUCCAGGAGGAGCCAGAGCCCCCACACAUUAAAGAGGAAGAGGAGGGCCUCUGGAACAGUCAGGAAGAAGAACGGCUUCUGGAGUUGGAGGAGGACGCUGAUAUCACCAAAUUUUCAUUCACUCCUGUUCCUGUGAAGAGUGAAAACAAUGAAGAGGAAGCACAGUCCUCACAGCUUCACCAAAGCCAAACCGAGGAAAGCAGCAGCUCACCUGAAAAGAUGAAAACAGAAGCUGAUGGAGAGGACUGUAGCCUGCCGGAGCCAGCCAGGAACUUAGAUCAAGAUGGAGAAUUACAAUCACCCAGUGAUGAUGGUUGGAGUCAGAUAAGGGAGGAACCACGGUCAAGUUUGGACACAAAAGAGAACAGUGAAAUAAGUAAUCACAGAUCUGUUGUGAAGAAACUGUACAGUUGCUGUUUUUGUGGUAGAGAGUAUUUUCAAAGAGGAGAUAUGCAGAUACACAUGAGAAUACACACAGAAGAGAAACCUUUCAUAUGUUCAGUCUGUGGUAAAGGGUUUUCUCAAAGAGCACCUUUACGGAGACACAUGAGAAUACAUACAGGAGAGAAACCUUUCAUUUGUUCAGUCUGUGGUAAAGGGUUUGCUGAAAAAGGGGAUAUGCAGACACACAUGAGAAUACAUACAGGAGGAAAACCAUUUAGUUGCUCAGUCUGUAGUAAAGGGUUUUCUCAGAGAGGAAAUAUGCGGAGACACAUGAAAAUACAUACAGGAGAAAAACCUUUAAUUGCUCAGUCUGUGGUAAAGGGUUUACUCAAUGAGGAAAUACGAAACACAUGAAAAUAUAUGCAGGAGAGGGGCGUCUGGGUAGCGUAGCGGUCUAUUCCAUUGCCUACCAACAUGGGGAUCGCCAGUUCGAAUCCCAGUGUUACCUCCGGCUUGGUCGGGCGUCCCUACAGACCCAAUUGGCCGUGUCUGCGGGUGGGAAGCCGGAUGUGGGUAUGUGUCCUGGUCGCUGCACUAGCGCCUCCUUUGGUCGGUCAGGACGCCUGUUCGGGGGGGGGGGGGUAGCGUGAUCCUCCCACAUGCUACAUUCCCCUGGUGAAACUCCUCACUGUCAGAUGAAAAGAAGCGGCUGAUGACUCCACAUGUAUCGGGGGAGGCAGUAGUCUACAGCCCUCCCCAGAUCACCAGAGGGGGUGGAGCAACGACCAGGAAGGCUUGGAAGAGUGGUGUAAUUGGCCAAGUACGAUUGACAAUUGGGGAGAAAUAGAGGGGGGGAAAAGUGUGUGUGUGUGUGUGUGUGUGUGUGUGUGUGUGUAUAUAUAUACACACACAAACACACACCCACACACACAUACACAGAGGAGAAAAGCCCUUUAGGCUACAUUCACAUUACAGGUGGAAGUGGCCCAAAUCCAUAUUUUCUACUUACAUGUGACACAGAUCUGGGAAGGGUUCGUUCACAUGCCAUGAUUAAAUCAGACUGGGUCUGAUGCACGGUGGCCCAGUGGUAAGCACUGUUGCCUCACAGUAAGAAGGGCCUGGGUUCGAACCCCAGGCCAUCCCGGGUCCUUUCUGUGUGGAGUUUGCAUGUUUUCCCCAUGUCUGUGUUUCCUCCGGGUGCUCCAUUUUCCUCCCACCAUCAAAAAGACAUGCAUGUUAGGGUUAAUACUCCUGCCCAUGGCCCUGACCAAGGCAAAAGAAAGAAGAACUGGAGUUGGUCCCGGGCGCUGCAGCUGCCCACAGCUCCUAUACAGUAGGAUGGGUUAAAUGCAGAGAACAAAUUUCAUUGUAACCUGUACAAUGACGAAAUAAAGUCACUUUCUUUCUUCUAGUUCUUUUAAACAUGCUAUUGUUCAGCCUCUGCUUAAAAAAAACAAAAACAAACCUUGAUCCAUCACUGCUGGAAAAUUAUUGGCCAUUUUCCACGAUGCCUUCCAUAUCAAACAUCUUAGUAAAGGUGAUGGUUAAGCACUUAAAUAACAUCCUUGAUGCCCCCAACAUACUUGAAAAUUUUCAGUCUGGUUUCCGCAAAAAGCAUUCCACUGAAACUGCCCUGCUUAGAGUUUGUAAUAAUAUCAUUUUAUCUGAUGAUCCAGGUGAAUGCUCUCUGUUACUGCUCAAUCCCAGUGCAGCUUUCGAUACUUGACCACCACAUUAUGAUUGAUAGGCUCAGGCAGUGGGUAGGCAUCUCUGGGAGUGCCCUAGAGUGGUUCUCUUCUUCCCUGUCAGAUGGGAGUUUUUCUGUGUCUGUAGGUCAGUUUGUGUCUGCUUCUUUUGCUGUUUGCUGUGGUGUUCCCAAAGUUCAGUCCUGGGUCCCAUUUUAUUUGCCCUAUACAUGCUUACCCUUGGGCAUAUUAUUAGUAGUUUUGAUGGCAUCUCCUAUCAUUGCUAAGGUAAGAUGUAGGUUAUUGAGCCCCGUGGGAAAAUAAAUCCUCUGCAUUUAACCCAUCCCAACACACACUGUUGCAAGGACCAGUGGGUUGCCACUGUACAGUGCCCAGGGACCAACUCCAGUUCUUCUUGCAGUCAGGGGCACAGACAGAAGUAUUAACCUAUCCAUGUUUUUUUAUGGAAGGAGGAAACCGGAGCACCUGGAGAAACCCAUGCAGACAUGGAGAUAACA